AUGACCACCAUAGAUCCAACAAGCCACUUGUACCUUCACCCAUCUGAUGGAAGCCACUUUGCAACCAUAGAGAAGCUCCAAGGAUCUUCAAACUACAGAUCUUGGAAGCGUUCCAUGGAAAUUGCAUUAGCUUCAAAAAGAAAGCUUGGCUUUGUCACAGGGGCAUAUAAGAAGGACACUGAUGAUGCUGUGAAGGCUGAACAUUGGGAAACUUGUAAUAGCAUGGUUAUAUCAUGGAUCAUUGGGACUGUUUCUGAGUCAAUAAAGAAAUCAGUUAUGUUCCUGAAUAGCUCUGCUCAAAUAUGGAAACAGCUAGAUCAAAGGCUGUCCUUGACUAAUGGGUCAAGGAAAUACAAGCUCAAUAGAGACUUGUAUGAAACCAAACAAAUGGGAAAGCCCAUUAGUGAUUACUACACAACCAUGACAGGGUUAUGGGAAGAACUGGAAUCACUGAAUGAUUUCCCCCCUAUCACUAAUGUAACAACAGAAAUCAAUGCUUUUAUACAAGCUUUGACAAAACAGCAAGAAGAGCAGAAGUUGUUUCAGUUUUUGAAUGGUAUAGAUGAUCACUAUGGACCUCAGAGAAGCCAACUCCUCAUGAUGACACCCCUCCCUUCUGUAGAAACAGCUUGUAGUUGUCUGCAACAAGAGGAAUCACAGAGAGAGCUAUUCAUAAAUGUCAAGGAGGAAGCUGAAGGUCUGGCAAUGUUCAGUAAAGGAGAUGACACUUCAUGUUCAGCAUGUGGAAAGCCAGGUCAUAGCAGAGAAGUGUGUUGGUCAGUGGUUGGCUAUCCAAGCUGGCAUGCCAAGAACAAACCACAAACCAAGAGCACAUACAAAGGAAAAGGAAGAAUGCAGGGUGGUCAAUCUAAAUGGAACAAGGGAAAACAAUCUGGUGGUAACCAGAAAAUUGCAGCCAAUGCUCAAGAAAGUGGCUCAAGCACAUGA